AUGCGGCACGCUCUUCGCUGGUGGAAGAGGCCGCGCCUCGCGCUACUCAACCCGGUCGUCCCGACCUCGGCCUACAGCCUGAGCGUAGCUAAGAUGCUGCGUGAGCUCUGCGACGCGAUUGAUUGUCGCGUCGCCAUCCACGAGGUUGACGUGGCGUCGUCGCCCUUUGACUCUGCCCUCAUCGAGCACUUUGACGGCUUCAUCAUCCCGGGUUCGGUGGCGUCCGCCUACGACAAGGCGACUUACCCCUGGACGUCGCAUCUGGAGGCCACCAUCCGCCGGCUGCAUGCGCGGGGCCGACCGAUGCUUGGGCAUCAGAUCAUCUCGCAAGCGCUGGGCGGCCGCGUCGAGCACAACUCCGCUGGCCUGCAAGCGGCCCGCUGCGAGUUUGAUGUGACGGCGCUCGGCGCUUCCCUCGGCUUGGGCAACGGUACGGCGGCGCUGCAAUACCACCACAAUGAUUGUGUCACACGGCUUCCUCCGUGCGCCGCGAACCUCGGCUGCAGCGCGAGCUGCCCGGCUCACGCCUCGGCACUGUUCGCCUCGCCCACCACCAGCCGAAUGGCGGUGAGUCGCGGCGUUCCCGCCGACCCGCCGAUCGGGAUUACGCUGCAAGGCCACCCCGAAUUCUCCACUCCCACCGGCGCCGCCAUCCUCCUCGACAUUCUGCACGGCGAGGAGGGCGGCGCCGAGCGCUACGGCGACUCUGCGCGUGAUGCGGACGGGCGCACGGCGGCGCAGGCGCACAAGAUCACGCGGGCGGUCAUGGGUCUGCUCUGGCCAAAGGCAUUUGCCGAGUGA